AUGAAUGUUAAUUGUUCGGAAGAAACUGGUCUUCUGUUUCUUUACGAGAAGAUCAAGAUCAAAGUGGACCUACCAAAGCCUGAUGAAGAUGUUACAGAUAUAUUGGUUAUAGGAAACUUAUUGAUAAUACCAUGUCCAUUGAUUCUUUGUUUAUUCUUGUUCUGUUCGUCUGAUAAGUGUGAAGGUGUCUAUCGUUAUAUGUGCAAGCAACAUCUAGUUACCAGCAUCGAACAUUUGAUGGCAUUGAACGCGUUCUUCCAAUUCUAUCCUGAUGAAGCUGAUCGGUCUACUGUUAUAUUGUAUCACUUGACCAGUUACCUCAGUUCCAUGGUGCCGUUCUGGACUGCGUGUAUAUCAUUGAAGAUGUUUGCAGACCUUUAUAUAGUCAGCGCUGGAUCUAAUGGUUACUCCAAGAAUGAUGUGAUGAAAUUGGCUCGUUUCUCUAUACUCUUAAUAAGUAUGUAUGAGGAAGCUAUGCUGACGAUGUUUCCGUUUUUUGUGAGUCCUUGUGAUGUCAUGGAAUCGUUACUGGUGCCUGCUAUAAGGAUGACUUCUAUCCUCAUGAUCACUUCCAUCCCAGUGACUAUACUAUGUUCCUUCCUAUAUCAUUGUAUAAGAAGAUCAGAUUACAUAAAUUUAAAGCUCGCCGUGAUGUUUCUGAUGCAUCUAUCUACUUUUGUUACAAGCGAUAUAAUUUUGAUAGUUUUUAAGGUAGUCUGCCCCAAGAUGAGUGAGGAUUUGUCAUUAUAUUCUAUAUUACUCUGCGCUAGAAUUGCGUUUGAGGACGAUGGAAUCAUGGAAAUAUUAAAAGGAACCAGUUUAGCAUCUCGUGAUGAAGCCGCUCGAGCUGCUGCUGUUUUGCGCUGGACAUUGCAGCAGGCUCACCGCUGCAGCUGUAGCGGUGUGCAGCUGGCUCGAGACCUGCUAGUGCUGGGAGUGCCGAGAGCUCACGCCGCAGCACUUGCAGAUGCCGCUGAUACAACUAGGGAUGGGUACGAGACUAGGAUCACUUCUAACGGUUUUAUGGUCAACAAGCUAACUGACGUCUCGGCAGCCCCCGGACCUGAAGGAACUGUUGACACUGUCAAGUUGACAUUACACACAGACGACGUGUUCACAGGAAAACAUAGAAAAGAAGAUCUGAUCAUAGACAAGAGCCAAGUGAAGAUAUUGUUGGCUGAGUUAAAGAAAGCAAAACAGAAGAUGGACGAAAUUGACGUUUCAUAA